AAAUUAACUUUGUAUAAAAACAUAUUCUUAUUAUUCUUUAAUGGAUGCAAAAAGAAUAUAAGACUUUUAUUGUUAUUACUCGUUACAUGAAUACAUGACAAAACAUCUUUGAGUUACACCUGAUCUCCGUCGGUCACGUGAUGUGUUCGCGCACAGUCACUUGAUUCGCCAUUACCUGCGGGAAUGUCGCUGUGAUUUACACUAAAUCUCAACAUGUCGUCUUCAAGUGCCACACCAGAAACAGAAGAUCCUAAUGAGGUUCAGACAAUGAAAAGAAGUGAUAGUUUUUUGUUUAAACAUCCAAAUAUGUCGAUGAGAAGGAUGGUGCUGGUUGGAAGGACUGGAGCAGGUAAAAGCUCUUCUGGAAACACAAUCCUGGGAAGAAAAGCCUUCAGAGCCGCCAGAAAAGCUUCAUCUGUAACUAAAGAGUGCUGGAAAGAGACUGGAGAAGUGGCUGACCAUCAGCUGGUGCUGGUUGAUUGUCCCGGGAUCUUUGAUACGUCACUCUCGGAUAGAGAACUCAUAAGGGAGAUCAGUAAGUGUAUAAACAUGACGGCACCUGGACCUCACGCUAUUGUCCUGGUCAUUCAGCUCGGUCCGUUCACUGAAGAAGAACAACGUUCAGUGGAGAGGAUCAGGGCUAUAUUUGGACAAGAAGCAGAUAAACACACAAUCAUCCUCUUCACACACGGUGAUGAACUGACAGAAGACAUUGAGAAAACUCUGAGUGAAGCAGGACCUGAUUUAACACAGCUCAUUAAAUCAUGUGGCAGACGGUAUCAUGUGUUCGACAACACAAAAAUUGAUGAUCGCAAACAGGUUUUGGAGUUCCUGGAUAAGGUUGAUGACAUGUUGCACAAGAAUGAUGGUAAAUAUUACACCAGUGACAUGUUUCAGCGUGCAGAAAAAAUGCUGAAUGUCGAAGAAGAAAAGCAUAAGGAACAAUGCAAACAGAAGAUACAGGAACUAACAGACCAAUUUAAUAAAGAAAAGACCAAACUGGAGGAGAACAUUAAACAACUGAAGGAAUCCGGGCAGACAAAAGACCAGAAGAUUAAAGAUCUGGAGGAACAAAUGAAAAUGAAGGAGAGACAUUUUGAAGAGUCUAAACGUUAUUAUGUGCAGAAACGCAAGAAUAUGAGACAGGAGGUGGAAGAGACACAAGUGAAAGAAAACAUCCCAGAGAUCAGCAGAAAACUACAAAAGCUUCGUUUCUGACCUAUGUGACAUAAAAUUACUGAGCCCCAAGUCAGUGGAUAUUAACUCUUUCCUCACCAUUGGCGGGAUUUUCACUGCAUUAUUACACAUCUUCUGAAAGAGUACUGAAUCUCCUGAUCAAAUCUGAAGAAGCAGAAAUAAGAGAUAUCAGCAGAUAUAAGCAGAUGCAUAUGUAAAAUAACGCGAUCAUCAACAUUAAACAGCAUAUAAAUCUGCCUGAUGUUACUGAAUGAAAUAUCAACCCAGGAUGAGCUAUAGGACUGUGGUGUUGAUGGACUCGAUCUGUGUUUUGAUCAUCGUUCUGAAUCUGAUCCAGAUGCAGUCUUUGACAAAAAUGCAAUUUUCUCAGCUUUAUGCUCAAAAUGUUACUUUUUUUAAUGACACUUACCCAUAUUCAAGUGUCAAUACAUGAUAUAAUCUCUGAGUAAACUGUUAUUGCUGAUUUCAUGAUUUAUUUGCAGUCUCUGCAAAUGGGAGGGUUCUUUAGUUUAUUUCUUAAAAAAAAAAAAAAAAAAAAAAUAUAUAUAUAUAUAUAGUAAUUGUAAGGCCCGCUCAAUCAGCCCAGGGGUGGUUUCCCCAUAGGACGGGGAAGGUUUCUUACGUGUUGGUCUUUUCAGCGUGGCAAAGCACUAAUUACAUUUUAUUCCAAUUAAACUCUUAUCUGACUCCAUUUAAUUAUGAACUCGAAUUUAGGUUGGAAUGUCAAUUGAAUAUUGUUAAUUUGUAUAAUAGUUUAGCUACACAUUUGAUUAUUCUAUUUUACUCUUUACUCUUAUUGUUCUGCUUCAUUUGCAUUAACAGAACAUUAUAAUCUUUAUAUAAUCUUUAUAUAAUCUUUCUAAAUGAACUGAGUGAAGGGAAGAAUGUGUAAAGGGAAAGAAGUGGUGGAGAAGGAACAAAUGUGAAGGAAGGACAGGAUGGAAAGAAGCUUUCCCGCAACUUCACUCUAUGGGGUGUGAAGUCAAAUGGCUGUAUGUGUUUGUGCUGUCUAUAUCUAAGGAGCACAAAGGAUCUCAGAUUCUGUUUAUCUUACAUAAUAAUAAUACUUAGGAACAAAUUUUCAUGUAGUAGCAUUUUUUACAGCCUGCUUUUGUUGUAAAACUGUCAAUAAAUUCUUUCAAAGGAAA